UUUUAACCCCAAGGCCAACAUCUGUUUCCUUCCUCUGCCAUUUAUCAUUACAUCCAGAGGUAACAUCCUGCCUCCGAGUCACCCAGCAGAUCCAGGGGUCAAGAGAAAAUAGUCACAGGUUCUCCUGUAGGGCACAGGUGAAACAUGAACAUAACAGAAGACAUAGAGGACACCAAAAAUCUGAUGCCCACUGAGAGGAAGUCCACCUGGAGGUCAGCUGAGGAGAGACGAAUGUCUGACCUCACCCGAGUGCUGGAGUGGCUGGAGCGGAGGCAGGGAAAGAAGAAGCGUGCCCUCCAGAAAAAGGAAGAAGAAGCAAGCCAGACAAACGAGAAGAUCGGAAAGAAAACCCCAGCCCCUAAGAAGAAGCUAGACAGACCUGGGCACAAAGUAACCUUCCACAAGACCCUAGUUCCACGUACGGUCAAGAAGCAGGACGUCAGUGCUUACCACAAAGGGCCAGACUUAAAGGUCAAGCGCACAAGCUUGACCUCUUCCAGCUUCAGCAGGGAUACUCUUAAGAAGUCUGGGGAGCUCGCAACUGCACGCGUGACAUCUAUAACUACAGAAUUAGACAUCAAGGAUGUCAUCGCAUUAGAAACCAACACCCGGGUAAGCCCAUUCCGCAGACAGAGCUCCGUAGACCCUAUACUUCAGGAAACCAUGUUUGGCAACCGGAGGGUGGGCCUCUGGGCAAACAAGGCUCCUGAAAACCCUUAUGAACGCAAGCUGAAGAGCCUCAUGGAGAAGGGUACAGAGCCCAAGAUAGAGAGCUCCAAGAUGCUGAAGCCAGAGGAGGUGCUGAGCUGCCGGUACCUGCGUUUGUCCAAGAACAACAUCAAGACCUUGAUCAAGCUGUGCAAGGAUGCGGGGAUGGAUGUGGACAUCCAUCCACACAUGGUGGAGAGCGACAUAGACUCAAAGACCAUAUUCAAGAAUCAGCAUGCCGUAUCACUGUAGCUGCACUGCCAGCUGGAGGCUCACCCCAUGAGGGCCAGCCACCUUGUAGACCAGCUUCUGUAGACCUCGCCAGGAGAACAAGUCAAAUGCAUCAUCACUUGCAGGUGUCAUCUUUGUCCUCGGCUCUACACUACAUCACCUGGGGAGUAACUGGGAAGAGAAAGCUUGCUGGACAUAGUGGCAUUCUCCUGUCUGCCAGCACAGGUAGAGACCAAGGGGAUCAAGGGCUCCAGUUCAAAGCCAGAUUGGGGCUCCAAGAAGGCCCUGUCUAGGACAUCAGAAUGGACUGGGGGGAGUACAAAAGUUGUUUGUUUUGUUGUUUGGGUUUUCUGUUUUGGGGAUUUUGUUUUGUUUUUGCCUCUCAGAAGAAAACAUUUCUUAAGCAAGAAAGUAGGUUUUAAGUCCCCAUGGGAAGCUCAGAGAGGAGAAAAAGUCGGACAGCUGUCUGGAGACACAUCACUGCCGUAUGAGGGACAUAACUGUAGGGAACAGGCCCUCAUGUAGGCCUGAGGCUGGUGGCUGAAGUUCUCUCUUGCAAGGGCUGACUCCAUGACAACACAGAUUUUAUCAUUCACCUUUCCUCACUGGGCGUGCUGCAUGGCUUGCUGGAUUCCUCUCAUGGUCCACUAAAGCCCCACGUCCACCUGCAGAGCUCAUCUGGUUGUACAGAAGCUCUGUUGCACGCGCUCUGGGACCUCUGUGAAACCUGAAGUUGCCAGGGGAAAGCUAGUACAGCCCUCACUCCCAGGGAAGUGCACAGGCUGGGUAAUCCCUAGAGGGUGCCUGGGAUCCUGCUAAUCCCAAAGACAGAAGGGUGAGCAGGGAGGAACCCUGGGCACAAAGUGAGGUCAAAUCCCUGGAGAGGAGAUCUUAGUGUGCUAAAGAAGAAAGGCUUCCCAGAGGAGGUGUCUACUUUAACUGAGAAAUAAGAGGGCCCGGAUCUGUAUGAGAGUGGUACGGGCAGGCAGAGGAAACAGAGCUUGCAGGGCCUCGGGGGCUAGGACAAUACAGCAGUUAGGAACCUGUAGUUAAGUGUGGUGGAGGGGACACUGAAGAAAGUCAGGUGUAUGGAGGUUGUAAGCCUUGCUUUGCAACUCUCCAGUGGGUACCCACUGUUGGGUGACGGCCCAUUACAAGGCUGAGGAAUGGUGUGAGUAGGAGCGUGCAUGCUCCUGCCUCUGUAUGACUCGAACUCUGGAGAGAGGGGAGACUUAAAAUGCUCAUCAACAGGAAUCCAUAAGUACCACAAUCACACUACAGGAAACUACAGAGGUGGCCCAGCAUCUGUGGUGACAAGGGCCAGCCUGACAUAUCUAAAGAUGUGAGGAAGGAGAGGGGUAGGACCGACUGGGCCUGUGGCCUUCCUUCUGGAGUCCCCAUGAGAGGGAUGGGAGUAGUAGGGGAGACCUCUCCUCUGCCCCCUUGGAGGAAAUGUUCAUAGAAAGAAAGGAACAUCUGGAAGUUAACUGGAAGUUAACAUCUGGAAUUGUAACAAUGAGCUAUUGCCAUGUAACAAUAAAAGCACCCACUUU